AUGAGGUUUGGCCUAGUGCUUCGAAGAACAAUGAGUAGAGCUAUUGAAACUACGUUCAAAUAUGAACCACCAGUGCAUCGUGGCAUGAAACAAUUAGAUAAAUCAUUAUUCGUAAAGAAGCUUCCUGUUGUUGUAUUGCUAUUGAAGAAUCCAAAGAAUAUUUCUGUCUUCACCAAGAAGUUCAAGGACGAUAUAUUAAGGACACCAAGAAUUCCAUUCGUUAUAAGACUUGGCGAAACACCAAAAGAAGAUACUGAUAAGAACGAUGUCGAGCCAGUACAGAAGAAAAGCAAAUCCCUGGCCAAUGACAACCAUAUAACCAAAGGUAUCAUACUAAAAGACAGUAUACAAGAUGUUUCGCAGGCGAGAGGGAAGUUGACCUCCAAUGCACUAGAAUUUCUUGAUGAGCAAGAGUAUGAGUUGAGAAACCAUGAGUAUGUGCUAGAUUAUGACUUCUGGAAAGUGGAAGAGAUUCUAAAUGCAAUUUUACCAGAGGAGUACCUUGCUGAGAUUCCUACUGGGUUCACUAUUGUGGGACACGUAGCUCAUUUGAAUUUAAGGAAAGAGUUCAAACCGUUUGGUGAAAUAAUUGGACAAGUCAUCUUGGACAAGAAUUCGACGAUCAAGACCGUGGUCGAUAAAGUGGAUUCCAUUGCUACCAAAUUCAGAACUUUCGAAAUGAACGUCCUAGCGGGUGAACCGAACCUGCUAGUGACUCAAAGGGAAUCUGAUUGUUCAUUCACUUUCGAUUUCAGUAAAGUGUACUGGAACUCAAGACUACAUACAGAACAUGCAAGGUUAGUGAGUCUAUUCAAACCGGGCCAAAUAGUUGGUGAUGUGUUUGCUGGGGUGGGGCCAUUCUCAGUUCCAGCAGGAAAGAAGAAGGUCAUCGUUCUAAGUAACGAUUUGAACCCAGAAUCUUACAAGUACAUGCAGCAAAAUAUCAUCGACAAUAAGGUGGGUAACUUCGUUGAACCAUUGAACCUCGAUGGCCGCGAAUUCAUCAGAGAUAGUCCCAAGCUACUACAACAAUUCAUCGAAAGGGUACAGGGAGUCAUCACGGUGCCAGGAGGUAAGAAGUACAAGGAUAAAGUCACGGGAGAAACUAAACGUACUCCUGAAACCAAGAUCCCAAUCAAAAACCAGUUCUUCGAUCACUACGUGAUGAACUUACCUGACAGUGCUCUUCAAUUCCUUGAUGAAUUCGUCGGAUUAUAUUCAAGGUACGGGUUCACAUACGAACAGAUGGUUCAAGAACACGGCGAACAGUUCCAAACCCCAUGGAUCCAUUGUCAUUGUUUCCAUAAAUACGAUGCGGAAGAACAACCAGAACCAUCCAUGGAACAACUACACGAAAGGGUCUACCAACAAAUACUACAAAUAAUGAAGACCACUGAGCAAGAGCUUCCGUUCAACCAGUUCCAGUUCCACUUAGUGAGAAAAGUCGCUCCAACGAAACCAAUGUUCUGUGUUAGUUUCCAACUACCACAGUCACUAGCCUUUAUCUAA